CAAUUCGAAUCUUUCAUCAAUAACAUUGAAAAUAUCUGUCAUAACACCGGUUUUUUUUAACACAUUUCUACACUAAUUUAAUAACAUUCCAAUUGUUAUUGUUACCACACGGAAAUGGAUUUUAAGGGUAAAGUUGUACUUAUCACCGGAGCCAGUUCUGGCAUUGGAGCAGCAACAGCUGAAGAAUUUGCCCAGCGAGGAGCAGAUUUAGUAUUAGUCGGACGCAACGUCGAAAAGUUGAAAGAAACAGCUGAAAAAUGUGUCAACUCCAGCAAUCAUCUGCAAUUACAAGCGGAUAUGUGCCAGGAGAAAGAUGUGGAAAAUAUUAUUAAGGAGACUAUAGGCAAAUUUAAGAAAUUAGAUGUUUUAGUAAAUGCUGCCGGCAUCAUAGAGAAUGGUAGCAUCGAAAAUACCUCUUUGGAACAAUUUGAUCGUGUUAUGAAUACAAACAUACGUUCGCUAUACCAACUGACCAUGUUGGCAGUACCGGAGCUGAAGAAAACCAAAGGAAAUAUUGUUAAUAUUUCAAGUGUUUGCGGUUUGAGAGCUUUUCCCAAUGUUUUGGCUUAUAAUAUUUCGAAAACUGCUGUAGAUCAAUUUACCAGAUGCGUUGCUUUGGAAUUGGCUGCAGCAGGUGUACGUUGUAAUUCGGUUAAUCCUGGUGUUAUUGUAACCGAGUUACAUAAACGUGGCGGUAUGGAUGAAGAAGCUUAUGCUAAAUUGUUGGAACAUUGUAAAGCUACUCAUGCCUUGGGACGUGCUGGUGAGGUUGAAGAGGUAUCGGGUGUUAUAUGUUUUUUGGCUAGUGAUAAGGCCAGCUUUAUAACUGGUGUUAAUAUGCCGGUCGAUGGUGGCCGUCAUGCUAUGUGUCCAAGAUAAAUUGAUUAUUUGUAUGUGUUUAAUAAUUAUAUGUAUGUAAUUAUAUGUAAUGUAGGUAUAAUAAAGAUUUUACUGAUUUUGAGUGCCUGUGAU